AUGAAAGCAGUGUUUGAAGAAAAGAAGAGAAAAAGCCCUGAAAAAGAGAAAAAGACUAAAAAAAAUAAAGAAGACUAUAAUAAAGAAAAUUGUGCCGAAGGUAAAUGUAACAAAGCGAAACUUACCACAGAUAGAGAGGUUAAAAGCAAGAAGACCACAACCAGAAACAAAAGGGCCAAAAGGCUAAAAAAUAUUUGUUUAAUAGUGAUGAUGAAGAUUCAUCUAAUGAUCAAAUUGACGAACGCACAAUUUGCGACGACGAGUCAGAAUUCUCAGAAGAGGAAACUUUAUGUGCAAUUGGUUUAG